AUGACGACACAGAUUGCUGAGCUAGCAGACUUGACGGCAUACGAGGCAGAGCUUGCAAAGCCCGGCGUGGUCGUGCUGGACUUUUACUCGACACAAUGCCCGCCAUGCAAGGUUAUUGCGCCGCACUACGAGAAACUGGCAGGCAAGGCGAGCAACGCAAAAUUUCGGUUCUUUAAGAUAAAUGGACUCGUUGAGCCUGGUACGACCGUCCAGAAAGAAGCAGAGGUCGUUUGGUGGCCAACACUCGUUGUGUACGAAAAUGGCAAAGAGACAUGGCGGGAGAGAGUACCGAACCCACCGACACUCGAAGCCAUCAAGAACCUGGACGGCGUCUUGAACAGACUCAGUGGACUAGGACAGAACGAGUAA